UUCGCGAAAUGAUCGUUUGAGCCGCGCGCCUAAGAGCAAACUUCAGUCGGUGACCACGUGUUUUCGCGCGAAGCAGUCCUCCGCGUGUCCGCGAUUCGAGUGUCGUCGUGUUCGUUGUCGUCGCGUUGGCGUUAAUUAGAAAAUCGAUCGUUUAACCCGCGCGGUCUCGUCGGCCUAGCGUCAUCGUAAUCCCGUCACAAUCCGUUCGUCAAAUUAGCGUACUCGGCGAUUACGAGAUAUGUCGUUCGCACGCAAGUACUUCAAGAGAACACCGAUCUACGUGGUCGAGGAUCACGACGAGGUUCUACCGUUCGUAUAUCGGUGUGUGGGGUCAAAGCACCUGCCCUUCGAAAACAAUACCUUCAUACAUCUGGAUUCGCAUCCCGAUAUGCUGAUACCCAAAGAGAUGCCGGCCGAUACGGUCUGGGAUAAGAAUCAAUUGUUCAACGAGAUCAGCAUCGAGAAUUGGAUUUUGCCUGCAGUAUACGCGGGUCAUCUCAAGAAUUUGAUCUGGGUGAAACCACCGUGGGCUAAUCAAAUGACCGAUAGCGUGCUGACGUUUCUUAUCGGCAAGCAUAAGGACAACGGCUUGAUAAGAGUGACUUGCCCUGAACCGUACUUUCUUAGCGAGGGUUUAUACGCAACACCAGAGGAACUUGAAAAUACUCGCGAGGUAACUCUGCAUGUGAUAACCAUCGGAAUUUUCAUCGAAGAUCCGGCAAAGAAAGAUGACUUUACAGCCGUCAGCUCGAUAUUACGUCAAUAUCUACCAGAAAAGGAUACUCCAUAUAUCUUGGACAUCGACCUCGACUUCUUCAGUACUAAAAAUCCUUUCAAAGAUCUUCACGAACGCGUAAACCUCUACGAUAAGUUGGCUCCAUUGUUUACAUAUCAGAGAGCAGAAUCAAAUGAUCCUGAGAUUCUGCGAGACUCCAUGAUAGAAAGGAACCAGCAGCUCUCUGAAUUGAAAAAUCUUUUCGGUCAUUUAGAAGAACAUCGUUCUUUAAAAGGUUACGACGGCCUGAAGGCAUCACGAUACGAAGCUGUGGAUCGUCUUUUUCAAGAAGUAACGAGCGCCUAUAGAGACUCGGAGAUCGAUUGGAUGCUAGUGUACAAUGCAGGUUGCACUAUAGAUGAUACAAUUCUACCUGAUCACGUGACAGAACCAAACGAUCUCGAUCGCUUGAUUAAUGGAACAUUCAGACUGUUUUUGGCGGCUCUUCCCACACUUCCAACAAUUGUCACCAUAGCCAGAUCAAGCGAAGACGAUUAUACUCCUCUCGAAAACGUCGAUCAAAUUCAAGUUGACGUCCUCGAUCAACUCCGCGAACGCUUGGGACCGGAAAUAGAUGUUAAAUUGAUUUAUCAACAAAACGAAGAACAGGAGUAAGUCUUGAAAAGGAAUGUAUCUCUCACAUACUAUUAUCUUGGAAUUAUAAUUUAUCAAACAAAAGCAUGUUCAUACCAAUAUACACGGACAUUUUAUACAAUUAUAAUUAUAUAUAAACGUAUAUUAAUCUGCAUAUGGGAAUCAUAAUAUUAUAUCGAUUAGCAAUUAUAAAUAAAAAAUAGACAGGUAAAUAUUAUCAUUUACUAUUCGAUGAAUAGGAAAAUUUUAACAUAUAAUAUUAUAUAAUAUUUAUUUAACACAAAAGAAAAUUGUAAUUCGACAAAAAAUGUAUGAAAAAGAGGAAUUAUAAUAAA